CAUCCAGACCCACUAAGGUCCCACGAGAUCCGACAAAACCACCCUUCUUCCCAUCUCUCUACAGAGUACAGGCCAGCUGAAAAUGGAAGCUCUCCCUCUCAUCACUCCUCUCUGCCUCAUUGGGAGCCACAAAACGCAGCGUUUUAGGGUUUCUCUCCAUCAAAACUACUCCCCAAAUAGGGCUUUAGCUCGCAAGUUAUUCUGGCACUGGAAGCAGGAAAGAAGUGUUGAUGGCAAAGAUAAUUAUGUGGAUUGUACUCCUUUGAUACAAGCAUUAAGCAGAAAAAGGUUGCCUCAUGUCGCUCAGGAACUCUUAUUUGAGAUGAAAUCUGAAGGUUUUCUACCUAAUAAUUCUACCUUGUCUGCUCUAAUGCUGUGUUAUGCAGAUAAUGGUUUGUUUCCUAAAGCACAGGCUUUAUGGGAUGAAAUUAUUAAUAGUUCUUUUGGGCCUAAUAUUCAAAUAGUUUCAAAACUGAUUGAUGCUUAUGGUAAGAUGGGACAUUUUGGUGAAGUUACCAGAAUUUUGAAUCAGGUAAGUUCAAGGGAUUUCAACUUUAUGCAUGAAGUUUACUCAUUGGCUAUCUCUUGCUUUGGAAAGGGUGGACAGCUUGAAAUGAUGGAAAAUGCAUUAAAGGAAAUGGUCUCAAGGGGUUUUCCAGUGGACUCUGCCACUGGAAAUGCAUUUAUUAGAUAUUAUAGCAUUUUUGGUUCUCUGACGGAAAUGGAAGCUGCUUAUGACCGCCUUAAAAAGUCUAGAAUCCUCAUAGAGGAAGAAGGAAUUAGGGCAAUGUCAUUUGCAUAUAUUAAGGAAAAGAAAUAUUAUAGAUUAGGUCAGUUUCUGAGGGAUGUUGGUCUUGGUAGGAAAAAUGUGGGAAAUCUUCUGUGGAAUCUUCUUCUGCUAUCCUAUGCUGCCAAUUUUAAAAUGAAAAGCUUGCAAAGAGAAUUUCUGGAAAUGGUGGAAGCUGGAUUCGCUCCUGACCUUACUACAUUUAACAUCCGGGCUAUGGCUUUUUCUAGGAUGUCUUUGUUCUGGGAUCUCCAUCUGAGCCUUGAGCAUAUGCAACAUGUAAAGGUUGUUGCUGACCUUGUGACUUAUGGCUGUGUUGUUGACGCAUACUUGGACAGAAGACUAGGAAAGAAUUUGGAUUUUGCUUUGAAAAAGAUGAAUAUGGAUGAUUCUCCUCUAGUGUCAACAGAUCACUUUGUGUUUGAAGUUUUGGGGAAAGGAGAUUUCCACUCAAGCUCAGAGGCAUUUUUGGAGUCUAAGAGGAAUGGUAAAUGGACUUACAGGAAGUUAAUUGCAACAUAUCUCAAGAAAAAAUAUCGGAGUAACCAAAUCUUUUGGAAUUAUUGAGAAAUGGUGGAUGAAGGUUUUCUCUACCUAAUGUAUGAGAAGAAAGAUCUUAUACUUCAGUAUUUUACUGCUUAUUUUUGAAUGUCAUAUAAUCUUCAGCUUUCACUUUGGCUUAUGGCACAAGAAGGUGAGAUAACCUGGGAUAUGUGCUCUUCUAGAUACUACUUAGAGGGAGGGACAUAUUGGGACAUGGUUGAGAUGGACAAGCUGACAAUGUCAUCUUGGAGGUUAAAAUAAUCUCAGCAUCUUGAAGUUUAACAGGAUCCUUCAUUCAAAAUCAUGAAGCAAUACAGGCAGAAAAGAUACUCCAUUUGGAAGAGACUACGUCCAUACCAUGCUUUGUGAUGCCCAUGACAAUCUCCCACUUUCAUUGGAGGAUGAUGAAAGGUCAAGUGAAUAGUUCAGCUCAGAUGACCUGCCUCCUGAUGAUGCAAAGCUUCUGCAGUCCAGUUCUGAGCCAUUUGACAGCCGAGUGUUCAGGUCAGAGCUGUUUGAAAGCCUAGGGUUCAUCUCUGAGCCAAUUGACAGCCGAGUGUUCAGGUCAGAGCUGUUUGAAAGCCUAGGGUUCAUCUCUGAGCUGUUUGAAAGCCGAGGGUUCAUUCCAGUGUCCAGAUUGUCAUACGAAAACGGGAAAAUGCGAUCGAUGCUUGGCCUUCCUGAGCUUACAAAUGAUAUAUCAGUUUCUGGCACUGAGAGCUCCCCAUAAGAUUUACUUAGUGAGGCUCUACCUCUAGUGAAGGGUGACCUGUUCCACAAGUUAUCAGGAGUAGGGCUAGCUUGGUUUUGAUGGAGAGAAGAUGCAGUUGGGGGAGGAGAGGGAUUCGGUACAGGACGUGUGGCAGAUCGCACUGAUGUGAUCUUUCCUUUAGAGAUGACAUACACAGUGCAAAAGUCUGGUGCUGCUUUCAAGACGCUGCUUGGUACAUCUGUGGUCUUGAAUCUUCUGAGAAGAAAGGUUAUGACAUUAAGACGAAGUUGGAAUUACUUUUGAGUUAUGGAUGGCUGCAUUAACUCAUCGCAAGUCAGGAAGAAAUGAAAGAAUGGAAGGUAUAGAGCUGCAGAACCCACAUCCUUGCGCGUACAAAAGCAUCGGAAUGGAAGAAACAACUCCCUGGCCUGAUUAUCAAGUUGCUGCUUGUAAGCUCUUGCAACAUCUUCAUUGACAUCGGAAAUGGCGACCUGAUUCCCCACUGCAUCCAUGAAAAGGAGAAAAAGGAUGAAGAAACAGAGUUGUGGAAGAAAUGCAGAAUGUGAGAUUUUGUCAUUAAUGUUCCUUUUUUUUUACACUUCUAUUAGAUGGGGUUACCUGUAUACCAGACAACAAUAGAAGCAUGUUCUAUCUUUUUCUAUCUAAAAACAAUAUCGUGAUUUUCCAAUGCAAUGCAUUCAUUUUCUUGGAAACUAAA